AUGAGUGCCCUUGCGGGUGCCAUUGGCACGAGCCUCUUCCUUGGGUCUGGUCGGGCGCUUGCCCUCUCGGGGCCUCUGGGGGCGCUGCUCAGCUUCAGCAUGACCGGGUGCCUGGCCGCGGGAGUGGUGUUCAGCAUGGCCAAGAUGGCCGCUUUGGUCCCUAUCUCUGGAGGCAUUGUCCGCUAUGCCCAGCUCUUUGGGCUCGUCUUCAUUCCCACGGAAAUCGUCGCUGCGUCCGUGUUGAUGCAGUUCUGGACUGAUCUGAACAGUGCCAUUUGGAUUACAGUGUUUGGCCUGUUGAUGGCUCUUUGCAACUGUCUUUUUAUCGGCUUCUACGGCGAGCUCGAGUUCACCUUUGCCAUCCUCAAGAUUAUCCCCAUAUUCAUGGUCAAUAUCAUGGCUAUUGUCAUUAUCUCUGGCGGUGCGCCUCAGGAUCCGGGCCCGUUUGUCCAGUACCUAGACAUCGAGGGAUCUCUUGGGCGGUUCCUAGGAUUCUGGUCCGCGUUUACCAACGCCAUCUACGCGUAUUCGGGGGUGGAUAACGUGGCGCUGGCAGCGGCGGAGACGAAAAACGCGCGCGAGGCCAUCCCCAAGGCAGCCAAAAAGACGUUCUGGCGGAUCGUCAUCUUCUACGUGAUCACCAUCUUCCAGAUCGGCAUGCUUGUGCCGUCGAACAACGACCGUCUCCUCGGUGACUCCGGCACGGCGGCCUCCCCGUUCGUCAUCGCAGCCAACCUUGCGGGCAUCCAGGGCGUGUCUCACUUCAUCAACGCAGUGGUAGUAACGUCGGCCUGGCCCUCAGGCAACGCCGGCUUCAUGACCUACGUGCGAUAUCUGUUCGGGCUGGCCAAGUACGGCCACGCGCCGCGCAUCUUCCUCCGGCUGAACCGCUUCGGCAUCCCCUACGUCGCGGUGCUGCUGUUUGCCGCCUUCAUGGCCCUCGGGUACAUGACCACGUCGAGCGGCGCGGCGGAGGUCUUCACCUGGCUGCAGGAUCUUCUGUCCAUCGCGAUCCUGGUGAACUGGAUCGUCAUCACCCCGACCUAUCUGCGGUUCUACAACGGGUGUCGCAGGCAGGGGAUCCCGCGCACGCAGCUCCCCUGCCGCGCGCCCUUCCAGCCGUACUUUGCAUGGCUGUGCCUUGUCUUUUUCUCUCUGAUCCUGCUGACCUCGGGAUGGCCGGCGUUUCUGAAGAAUUCGUGGGACACGAGGACUUUUGUGUCGGCGUACGCCAACGCGCCAUUCGUGCUGCUGCUAUACGUUGGGCACAGGUGGGUGAAGAAAACGAAGCUUAUUCGGCUGGAGAUACCUAUCCGGUCGUUGAUUGACAUUGCGAAUCAAGAAGAGCCGUCUCCUGUUGUGCCUAAGAAGUUAUUCGUCUCUCUCAAGACACCUUCUCGCAUUCGACAAGUCCAAACCACCCCCGACGAUUUCAUCGAAGUCGACUCCGAUCUCCACACGGUGCCUGGAACGGAAAUGGCGAACCCCGCCACGAGAUUCCAUUUAUGGGUGUAUGCUGCUCGACCAGAUGUACAAAGUAUAGUGCAUACGCAUUCACCGAAUGUUUCUGCUUUAGCUGCAGCAAGGCAACCCCUGAUUGUGUGUCAAAUGGACAUGACGCCGGUUUAUGAUAAUUGUGCCUUUUUAGCCGAAUGGCCUGGUUUACCGAUUGCCGAUCACGAGGGGGUGAUUGUUCGUGAUGCGUUGGGACCGGAGCGAAAGGCGAUUAUCCUGGUGAAUCAUGGUCAGUUGACGGCUGGGAAGAGUGUGGAGGAGGCGACCUAUCUCUCGGUGUAUUUGGAACGGGCUGCUGGGUUGCAGUUGCGUGCGUCUGUCCUGGGGGAGCUGGUGCCUGUGCCCGGGGAGUUGGCGGUCGUUGCGAGGGAUUAUCUGUUGCAGGAGAGGGUGGUUGGGGCGACGUUUGAUUAUUGGGGGAGGAAGCUUUAA